AUGUCUACCUCCGCCAGCACCACAACAAACGACCUCCUCGCGACAUCCCUGAAUCCUCCUCCUCCUCCACCACCACCACCACCAAAGAUCGCCGUAAUCAUCUGCUCCCAACGCUCCCCCCGGAUAGGCGAUCAGAUCGGCAUGUUUGUCUACAACGCCCUCAAGCAGUACCAGACCACCGCUUCGGACUCGAGCUCGUACGAGCUCUGUCUAGUCGAUCUAGCAGAGCAUCCGCUCCCGUUCUUCGACGAGCCGGUCAUCCCGCAAACAAUCACCAACCCGAUGGAUUACCACCACGAACACACGCGGCGAUGGUCGCGUCUCAUCUCUUCAUGCUCUGCGUUCGUCUUCGUCACCCCGCAGUACAACUGGUCCUUUCCGGCCAACCUGAAGAAUGCGAUCGAUUACCUGUUCAACGAAUGGGCCGGCAAACCCGCCAUGGUGGUGAGUUACGGAGGCCACGGCGGGGGCAAAUCGGCGGAGCAGUUGACGCAGGUUCUUUUGGCCGUGAGGAUGAACGUGGUGAGUCAAACUGUGGGCUUGAUGUUCCCCAAGCAGGGAGAGGAUGGGAGGGCGUUCCUGAAGAAGGCUGCGAGGGGAAGCGAUUUAGGCCUGGCCGAGGAGAAAAGCCGCGGGGGACUAAAAAUAUGGGCGAAAGAGAUGGGAGCGGUCAAGGAGUUGUUCGCCGAGUUGGUGGGGAUGAUGUUGUUGUUGUUGCAGGGUGCGAAGUCGGCGGACUAG